AGAAAAGUCAGUAAGAUCAUCCAAUUCUCCCAGUUAUUAUUUUAAUGCGGCAUAAGGCAGCGGGGAAGGUAACAGUCACAUGAGCGUAAUUUUUCGCAUCAACGCAGCACUUUCCCUUCCCUGUGCUAUCUAUUAUUCUCUUUCACUUUUUUCUAUAACCGUUUUCACUUUGCAGCAGCGCAUUCCCCAACUUUCUGCGUUGUUCAUCUCCUUUUUUUUUUUUUUCAAAAACACUCUUCCUCUCUCUACUGUGGGUGUGCACGUCGAUGGUAAAAAUCGUCAUUUCCGAUCCGGCAGAAAUUAUCGAACAGCGCAUCGCCGAAGUCGCGGCCUACGUGAACAAAAGCCGUCGUGCUCUUGUCGUCACUGGUGCUGGGAUCUCCUGCAGUGGAGGUAUACCCGAUUUUCGCUCAUCCGAUGGACUCUACAAUCUGGUGAAAGCGAGACAUCCUGGCACAGUUCUCAAGGGUGCGGAACUUUUCGACGCGACACUCUUCAAAGAUGUGAACCGAAUAAAGUGCUUUUACACAUUCAUGGCCGAACUUAAAACGCUUGUCGCUACAGCCAAACCCACACCAACACAUAAAUUCUUACGCAAUAUGCAGGAGAGCGGACGAUUAUUACGACUCUAUACACAAAACAUUGACGAUUUGGAGGCUGAAUUAGACCUUCCUGCUGUGCAACUCCACGGUACCAUGGCCAGUGUAAAAUGCACGCUAUGCUCCGCUUCUUAUGCAUUCAGCAAAGAGUAUGUUGACGCAUUCCGGCAAGGCGAGCCUCCAAUCUGCCCUAAAUGUGAAGCCAUUGGUGAAGAACGUUCCUUGCUGGGCAAGCGUCAAUUAGCAGUAGGCACCUUGCGACCUGAUAUUGUGUUAUAUAACGAAGAACAUCCCAACGGCGACAAGAUCGGCUUACAACAAUGCAGCGACAUUAAACGACGGCCAGACUUGCUAGUUGUCUUGGGUACAUCCCUAAAGAUCCCUGCAUUAAAGAAGUUUGUCAAGCUGGCGGCCAGAACAGUGCACAACAACAAGAACGGCAUCACAAUCCUGGUAAACAAAACUCCACCAACGAAGGAGUGGGAGCAUGUCUUUGAUUACCAGAUCAUGGGCGACACCGACGAGUGGGUUCGCAUGACCGAAGCAAAAUUGGAAGAUAAGCCUUGUCUGACGGCGGCAUGGUCACGAAUCCAGCAACGUUUAAAACAGCAGCAAUUACAACAGCACUCGAACGAUGAUGAGGACGAAAAAGAAAAUCAGGCAGCGAUACGAUUAAAGAAAGCCGCCGCUAAUGAAGCAACUACUAAGAGGAAAUCAACUGGUCAGACAACGUUGGAUAAUUACAGAGUCUCCAAACGGGCACUCUCUACUAGCAAGCCUCCAUCAACGAAGAAAAUGAAAUAAACCCAUGCACAUACUAUCUUGUUCUUUUCCAUAAUUUUCAUUUAUUGUAUCUUGUCAUAUAUCUGGACUCUUUGUCUUACAAAUUCUCGUUGGUAGUGGUGAUGUUCCUACCCGAGGCUACCCCUAUUGGUACAUCCUCCAUUAUUAUAUAUACUUUCUUUAUGGCUUUCCCUUUACUAUGCUGAUGGAUUGCCGAAUGUGAUAUGCUGCUAGUUUCUCCUUAGCUGAAAUAAUAUUUGCUUUUUUUAAUCAAGACAAAAGUUUAUGCAAGG